GUUCAACUGUUCAUCUUUUCUAUCUGCCACUCAAGUCUUCGACCACUUCUCUUCACUUGACAGGAUGUCUGAAACUUUCACUCCCCGAUAUCUUUCUCUUGGUGGCUAUAAUCAUGUGUGUGCCAUAUCAGAGAAAGCUAUCAACUCUGCCAUGGUAAGUAUUUUCGAGAAGCGGCCAUCUUCAGCAGGUCAACUGGUUUGGGAAAAUGAACAGGCGUCAGAUGGCCAAUUGAAAUCAACACUGCUGGCGCCCCAAAUUGAGCUUGACGUGGAAACUGUGAAUAGUCUCAAUUUCAAGCUGGCACUUCGAUUUGAUAAAGGUCAAAUUUAUUUUGGUCAGAACACUUAUCAAAGAGUUGAUGGUUGGGUCGUCAUUUUCAACCUCGUCUGGCCCAAAGAAGCCACCCACGAUGGGACAAGAAGGCAGUUUGGCGAACUCGAAAACACACCUGAGACUGUGGAUUCUACACAGUCCAGUAUCAUUGGUCUCAGUCCAGGAGAAUACUCUGUUCAUCGGCUUUUAGCCAUCAUUGCCUAUCUUGAUUGGGGCAGCCCUGUAUGGGAAGAAUCCUAUUUGACAGAACAAGAUGGAACCAAGCUUUAUCUUGAUAAAUGGGCAGCAGAUUCAAGCAACAACGCAUUAUAUAGUCAGGUUCAGCAAUUUAUACGAGAGUUAGGACUCUCAAACAAACACGCAUCUUUGCUCAUGCAAAAUAUGCAAGUGGAUAUACCUAGGCCCAAAUUGAGUGAAGAGCAGGUCGCCCUCGCUCCAAAAAUGCUUCGAUUGCAACAAUACCCAUAUAUCAACGCAGCUACUCAAGGGCUGGAAGACGAUGGAUCCCCUAUGACUGGCCAAAAUGGAAAUCCUCACAACUGUCUCUGUUUCUGCGAGAUUGAUUUUGAUCAGGGUUCGUCCUUACCAGAGGAUCCUUUGCCAUUUAACGGAAACUUUGCAUGGCCCGGAGACGGUUCAAAAGAUGAGUCUCUGGGAACAUUUGUCAUCGACAGCAGUGUGCUCAAUACAGGCUGUACUACUCUUCACCAAGUUGUGCAAAUGAUCUGCCAAAAGGUACUUGUAUGCCCUCUUGUGCCUCACAUGAUUGACAAAAGGCCUGAUGAGAAUACAAUAUACUUGUCACAGAGGUUUCUCGGGAUUGAUGACAUGGAUGACGGUGAAUCCAGCACUAUUCCAGCAUUGCGAAUUGAAAAUGGAGAUUUUGAUCUUGUUAAGUCCUCUGACGUUCAGUAUCGCUGGUCAAAGUCAUUUUCCGCACCAGGAGAACACAUAUCAUCAUCUGGUGGAGCUUGGUCGGCCGAAUACCAUUUGACUGCCGAGACAUCCAUAUGUUUAGAUAGCGGAACGUCAGAUUCCCUUAUUUUUACACUCAGCGGACAUGUCAACUACUCUGGUUCGAUCAGUUGGCCCAGAGAAGAUGUAUACAAUGUAGCCCAGUGGUUCCCUGAUAUUAGCCAUGAUGUGAAUUGGACAGCCGCAAUUAAUAUGGGCGAAUUAGACUCGGAUGAUCCUACUGCAAAAGUUGGCAGAUGUAAUCUUGAAAACUCAGACGAUCUGGAAAUUUUGGUGCCUUCAGAUCUCGAUUCUGUAGUCCCUUCAGAUCCAGAAACGAGCUGGGAUUAUUUCUUGAGGGGUUAUAGGACAAUGGUUGGCAGCAUGCUCGUGGAUGUACCCGGCAUGCUUUCCCCCCCAAAUGUCAAAGUGGCUUAUCCAGGAAAGGAUGAGCUUGAGUUCGGAAUCGGUGCAUUGAACCCAGUGGGCGACAUCAUUGUUCCCAUUGACUAUCUAUAUCCAAAUCCGAGUCGCGUCACCUGGAUUUCUACGCCAGAAGAUCACCCGCAAAAUACAAACACGGCUACAAAUGUGGUUUAUACCUCUGACACAUCUGUCACCAAAGACAUUCCACAUAUCACCUGGACAGGCACAUUGGCGUACGACGCCGACACCAAAAAAGCAAAUCUUACACUCCAAGGAUCGAACAAAUCAGGUGCAAAGCUAGCCUUCAAAACAGUCAAGGCCACUUUUCUGAGAGUGCAGGCUGUGAGUGAUCAUUGUCUUUGGAAUGCAGAUUGUGGUAGUUGGAGUCAAGAUACAACUUCCGAUUCGCACUGGUCGAUCACAAGAGAUAGCAUCCCUCAGAAUCUCAAAGCAAGAGUAGAGAUUGUGAAUAAUGAGAUGCAGUUUACCAUUUCUCCGCAGGGGACUGCCGGGUACGCUGACCCUGAUAGAUUUUUCAUAUCUGCAGGUGGAUCUCUCACCUUGAAUUUGAAUGGAAAAGCAAACACAGAUGGGAGUGAUGAUACUUUCAUUGUUCAGCUGACUGAAAAUUGGGCCGGCCUUACAGUUGCACGACCAAUCAAUGGACGAGCAGAUGCUUUCAUGGCCAUAGAGGUCAAGGCUGAUGGUGCAAGCACAACUCCCUCCAUCAUCACUCAGAGCGAGGCUGAUGCUGAGCGAGGAGUAAAGCAGACAUGAGUUGCUAGACCGUUUUUCAACCAUGACAGCAAACUUUGAUUUGAUGAGCUGAAGUUUACGGAAGCGAGAUUGACACUUACUUGACUUGUCCUCUUAUUAUAUUAGCUAGCCAUAAUUUGAUUUCUACUCCUGCGCAUGCCCUCA